CAUACGCGCUGUGUCCUCGCCCACAUUAUGAAUCUUCACUUGUCCAGUCAGAACGACCAGAAAACGUUGCCUUGAUGCAGUCCAAGAACAUAUCUGCUCCCAACUCGGUUUAGUUCUCUGCUCAAGGGUGGACUUUAUUCCAGUUCUCCCCGAUGUUGAUCAGCCGCGAUGCAUUUCAUUGUGGCAACAGACGUGAAGAAGGCGGACGCAGAGACACAGAGGCUUAUCCGGAGUCAGGUAAUGAUGGGGAAGAACCGUGGCAAGUCUCAUCGUGCCAAACAACAGAAAUCGACAAGUUGGGCAGUUGCGGUUGACUCCAAACGAGGUCCGCCAGAGCCUUUGGAUACAUUCAUCGACGCGUACUAUUCUGCCAUCCCCGGCAGAGUGGGUUCGGAUCUGUCCUCCAUCGAGCUUGCUGCCGAGAUGGAUCCGGCGGCGUUUGUUGACGUGGUGAGAUUCUUUGACAUGGCAGCAAGAGCAUUGUUCCCUCUGGUGAUGGUGACUGGAUUCAGCCACCGGGACAUGGACUGGUUUGAUCCACUGAAGUUCGACGCUGCCUAUCUUCACGUAACCGUGUUCGCAGCCGAGGUCUUCAUGGACAGGAUCCUGGGUCGACAAUAUCCUACCACCAACCGAGAUGCAACCGUGCAUUUUCUGAAAGGGAUUCAAAUCCUACGCAACAGGCUCUUGCUGGAGGACGAGAGCACCAAGUUUUCAAACUCCACCAUCGCCGUAGUUUUGACCCUGGCUGUAAGUGCUUUUUUUAUGGGCGAGGACGAGACCUUCAAGCAUCAUAUGGUGGGCCUGCGCAAGAUGGUCGAUCUGAGAGGUGGAAUAGCUGCCUUCAAGGGUAACAAGCUUCUGACAGAAAUAUUCAGAUGCGAUAUAGGCAUGGCCAUGCAAAGUGGAACCGAGCCCGUCUUUUUCAACGACCCUCUUUCAGAACCCAUUGUGCCCUAUCCAGACCAGGAGCUGCUGUCAAUUCGAAACAGUGCCUGUGUUACUCCCUCUCAACAUGACUCGGAAAGACUGCUGCACAAGAUGGAUGAGAGUCUCCUCGAAGCCUGGAAGGUCAUGCAGAGGUUCUGUUCAAUCGUCAAUCUCGCGGCCGAAACCAACCGAAUGCUUUCUCCGCCACUCCUCUACGAUACCAUGGCUUCGGUCAUGUAUCGCCUGCUCCAUAUGAGCUUUGACACCGGCUCGCUUGACGAAGCAGUGCGGCUCAGCCUACUAGGGUUGACCUAUCAUGUGUUCUUAAAGUGGCAGUAUCUGAGGCUGCCGUAUACCUUCUUUCCUUCGAUUUACAAAAGUUGCCUUCUAGACCACAAGCUCGUGGAUGUGGCUUCUUCUCAGAUGAUGCUGUGGUUUCUGAUGGUCGGAGCCGUUUCGGCAUUUACUACCUCGGACCAUCCGUGGCUGAAGGAUUGUUUGCGAGAACAUAUCGACAGAUGUCAAGUGAAGUCCUGGACCGAGAUGCGGGGAGUCUUAAAAUCGUUCAUGUGGAUCGGCCUGCUCCAUGACAAGCCGGGAAAGGAUGUCUUUGAUUCCGUCUUGCCAUGA